CACAGCUUGACAAACAUCAUCAUGGCGGAAAGAUAGCACAUGCCAUCAUCUUCACCAUCUUUGUUCAACUUUCCCUGUCGACUGACGGAACGUUUGACAACGGGGUUUGUCCUGUGGGUGAACAAAGUCAUGGCUGAAGCAGGGAGACCGCUGCAGGAGGAGGUCGUGAACAUUGGCAGGCUGAGGGAGGCACAAGACGAGGCAAUAGAGGCAUGCAAGACAAAGAUCAAGCAAUGGAAACAGUUCAAGUCUGAUUACAAUGCUGUACAGGACAGAUUAAGAACUCUACCUGAUAGGAUUUCAUACGACAUAAUGGUUCCCUAUGGCUCCCUGGCCUUCAUGCCAGGACAUCUUGUCCACACCAAUGAAGUCCUGGUCCUCCUGGGAGAUAACUGGUUUGUGGAGCGGUCAGCCAAGCAGGCGUGUGAGAUCAUAGACAGGAGGAGAAAACGAAUUGACAACACAUUGAAGGAUCUUAAAAAGGAACUGGGGUUGCUGGAGUCUAGAGUGGGAUAUACAGAAGAACUACAGGAUGCAGCAAAGGCUUCUAUUGUUGGUCAAGGUGAAGUUAUGGAAAUCAGAGAGGAGUAUGUGCCAGAGAGGGAUGACAAACCCACAAAGAGAAUCAGUCGUGUGAAAAAGCCAUCAGAUCGGGUGGUGAAACGACCAGCGGUUAAAAAGGAGCUAACAGAAGAUGAUAUACCCGUUAGUUUGCUGUCCCAGCAGAAGCCAAUACAAACAGAAGAGGCCAUUUGGGCCCGACUGGACACACUGGAGAGGCUGGAGGAAGAAGAAGAUGAGAUGAACAGGCUGUGGUCUAGUGAGGAGGGUGAGGAGGAUGAGGAGGGGUACCAGGAGGAUGACGAAGAUGACGGGGAGGAUGACAGUGACAUCAACUUCACCGACGAUGACAUCGCAGCCCAGAUUAGGAAAGCAGAAAUGAGCAGAAGAUUUGAGUACGACAGCGCACAUCGGUCCGCUGAGUCGGAUGCCCUUCAGGAGAAGAAGAAGUCAGUCCGCUGGAAGGACCAGCAGAAUUCUGAGACAACUGAAAGCACUGAAGAAGGACAUAGGACUUCUGAGAUAAAGCCACAUGACGGGAAAACAGUGGCUAACAUCCCGUACCCUAAGCAUGUCCCCUCCUAUGAGUAUGACGAAGACAGCGAUGUGUCCUCUCCAGCCAGGAUUGUGUUCCACCACACUCCCCUACCCAUAACAGAGGACGACCAGGUGAAUGAGAGAAAUGUUCCAUCACCAGGGACUGUAACCAGCCCUGCCGACAUCUACAACCUGUACUGCCAGCCAGAGUCACCGUCUCUACACACCUUACCUGAAGGCCAGGUCAACUCUGUGCCAAAAGUCCCAGCAGUCGAGGACAAGCCUACCUCAGGCAUCAAACCCAAGUCUAUCCUGAAGAAAACCUCUUCCAGAGAGGAAGUAGUAGAGGUGGUGCAGAAUAACGUAAAUCGUGAGGAGGCAGAGCCACAGAAACCACCUCCUCUACCAGCUCCGAAGUCGGCCUUUUCUGGAGAGGUUUUGGAAAAAGAUGCUCAUCCCACCGUGAACUCAAACGUUACACCAGAACUUCCCCCCAAGAAGGUAUCCAGGUUCAAGGCUGCUCGUCAAAAGCACAGAUGAUGUCAUUGUUAAUGUCAUUAAAGCUUAGCUAGUAUAUGUGAUUGUGUUCAAGGCUCUGUAUCAUGCAAAACAUGAUGAUGUGAUUGUUUAUCUGCUGUGGCAAAAUCAAGACACCUGAGAAGAUUGAAUGGGGAUUGUGAUCAAGCUUAGUGUAUUUUUCCAUUGGAACCUCCUAUUUUGUACAUUCAGUAUUUUGCUGAAAGCCUAUUGUGACCUCCGUGAAAAGAAAAAUGGACUCCUUUUAUGCCAGUAUUUGUGCUUUGAGCCCCCGAUGUGCCUUCUCCCUUUGUCCUUGGAUCUUAGUUUUGAAAGAACACCCAAAGGAAAAUGUCUGGAAUCUGUU